AAACGACUGGAGCAUUGACGCGCACUCGGAAUGGCAUGGCCUCGGACAGGUUCCAGGAUGAGCUUCGGCUCUGGGAGGCAGAUGCUGAGCGCGUGCGCAAGCUUGUGGCAGAGAUCCCUGGUCCCUGCGUCUUGAACCUGGCAGAAGAGAACAUUCUUUCCUUCGGGCAGGGCGACUGGGCCUUGAUCGAGCGCGAUGUGGCCGCAGCCUUCUCGCCAGAUUUGGCGAGUGUCAUCUUGGACUGUUUUCGGGAAGAGGUCCAGACCUGUUUGGCGGUGCGGCGGGAGCUCAUCAAUUUCAAGAAGCUGUGUCUGCAUUUGUGGCAGAGCGCCACUUCCGUGGAGAAGGACCUCCGGCAGCUCGCUAGCUUUUACUACACGGAGCUGGUCGGGGAUCCGCUUGGGGCUGAGGCAGGCGACACAAGCGACACGCGCGCAGUACGCCGGGCGAGAUAUGUGGACAUGGCCAAUGCGCUGAACGAGUGCCGGGGUGCGGUGGCCGCGAUGUUCGACGCGCGGCACUUCAGCAAGGCAGUGUGCAAGUGGCCAAGGCAUCCGGCCAGCGGGGUGCCGUGGAAGUUUGAAGCGCUGCCACAGAGCCUCGAGCUCUGGAAACCGCUGGAUCAAGCGCAGCACUUCCUGGAAAGCUACCACCUGUUGGAUGCCUACUAUGCGGCUGUCCACGAGGAAGCUGACGGAUACGCUAAAGCAACCCGUCCUCCUUCCUCUUCCAUCAGGCCCUGGAAAUCGGAGCGGGACUUUGUAGAGUCUGACAUAGGUCCUCGGAGCCUUGGAUCCCUUCUCGCUGCAGUCCAGGCUGGGCUUCAGUUGCCGCAGCAGGCAGCUCGAUACAUCGAGCUGGUGCUGAUUGCGCGAGGAGCUGCCAAAGCGCUUGCGAUUCGGUUGGCUCUGCGCCGCUACAUAGCAGCGUUGCGAGAGGUUGAGGCGAGGGCCAGCACCCUUGAGCAGAAGCUGAAGGUUCUUGCGGGGGAAGAUCCAUUUGCCACGCCGUUGACUGACACAGCGGUGUCAGCUGGGCUGCACCUCCACAGCAGGCGCCACUUGCUGGUCAUCAAAGGAAUGCUUCCGGUCGUGAGCGAAUUUCUCCGCUGGCUUGACCCUAUUGCUGACAUGAGAAGUGAUGCUUCUCGACUUUUCGUCUCAGGCUCCAAGGGCGCCGCAGCCUUCGUGCCCAGAGGCUUUCCAGAUUUGCUGGCCAGGCAUCGCGCAGCAGUCUCUCUUGGAGGCCACCGCGAGGCGAUGCUCGCAGAGUUGGAGCCUGGGGGUUCUGGCUGGCCCAGAUCAGCGCGCCCAGCCAAUGAGGCGCAUGCGAGCGCUUGCCGCACCUGUGGCGUGAAGCUCAACCGUUUGUGGCUCCACAGAGGUCUUUGCCUUUUGUGCGAGUCCAAAGUGCGAGCUCAAGGGCGCUGUCCCUAUGGAGGUGAGCGAUGUGGCAGCCGCAGCUUUUGCCCACACGACAAUCGAUGCGUCGUUUGCGAGCAAUGGUCCUGUGAGAGAUGCAAGCUACUACGCGGUGAUGGGGAAGAUGUAUGGCAGCUUGUAAUGCAGCGGCAGCCGAGCUUUGUCUUCUUGGACUUUGACCGAACCCUCUGCACCACAAAGGCUGGGGCAUCACCUUUGCAAGGCACCCACUCUCUGGAUUCAGAUCUGGUGACGGUCUGCUGCCAGCAUCGCAAGGUCCUCAUUGUGACGCGCAGUCCAAGGAGCGAGGACAUUUGUGUGUUCCUUCGGCAGCACGGUGUCCGUGCACGCCUGCUAAACCGCGAUGAAAUCCAGUUUGAUCAUCAAGCUGACGCAGGCGGCUUGCGUGGAGACGUGUGGGUGCGCAGUGUCAAGAGGGAGGGCUUCGACUCCAAGGCGGCUGUGAUCCUGAAGGAAAUGGAGGCUGAGGCAGAAGCAACCGGCAUAUUCGCGGAUGAUGACAUCAAGGAGCUCACAGAUGAAGCAUUGCGUGGAUUGGUGGAUGGCGGGCGGCUAUUGCGGUUGCUCUUCGUGCGCUCGGGUGGCAAGGAAUGAGGGAGCAGGAAAGUCAGUGCGCGUGCUGGUUCCGAGUUUCCACAGC